AUGAACUCCUUCCUGCUCAAUCGUGCUCUAGGUAGCGUUAACCCAGCCGCCCUUGCGCGAUCGCAAAACACACGCCUUGUGUACUCGAUCCAGCCCGCCAGUCAUGUUUCGCUGAGCAUUACUCCUCCGGACACUGAGAACGAUGAAGACGCGCUUCAGAAUGGUAUAGCGCAUCCAGCUGGCGUAAACAGCAUCACGGUCGACAAGUUUGAGGGGCGCUAUCUCUUAUCUGGCGGCGCAGACUCAUCGAUUGGCAUCUGGGAUCUCGAAACACCGACGAACCAAGCCGACGAGACACGCAUCAUUCAACCACUCGGAUACGCCUCGAAGACAUCAAAGACGGCAAACUUCGGAAUCACACAUGUCUCUUUCUAUCCCUUUGAUUCGUUGGCAUUCCUGUCUAGCAGCUACGACCACUCGUUGAAGCUGUACUCAUCUGAGACGCUCGAAACUUCUGCCUCCUUUGACCUCGAAGCCGUUGUUUACUCACAUGCCCUCUCGCCAAUCGCGUCGCAUCUACUGGUAGCAUGUGCAACGCAAAACCCCGCCGUGCGCCUCGUCGAUCUUCGUUCUGGCGCCAGCACCCAUUCGCUUGCUGGUCACAGCGGUGCCGUGCUAUCGACCGCCUGGCAUCCCAAACGCGAGCAUGUACUGGCUAGCGGUGGCUCGGAUGGUCUGGUCAGACUCUGGGAUAUCCGCCGCAGCGCAAGUAGCUUAGGUGUACUUGACAUGGAAGACAGUAGGGGCGUCGGCAUACAUGGAAACACGCUCCGCCGUGAGCGCGGAAGGGCGCACUCGGGCGCCGUGAAUGGCGUGACCUGGGACGAAGCAGGAGACUACAUCGUCACCUGUGGGCAAGACGACAAGAUUCGAGUCUGGAAUGCAAACACAGGCGCAAACACCCUGACCAACUUUGGUCCUGCUGUAAAGAGCUCCACCACGUCCACACUGCUACCCCUUGUCAGUCCAAGUCACUUGACGGCUCCAACAAAGGAGAUUCUUGUUUACCCAAACCCACGCGAAUUACUCGUAUACGAGAUGCACACUGGAAAGCUGAUCAACCGCCUACGAACACCCUCAUACGCUUCAUCACGCAUACAAGUCACAGCAGGGUCAGGCACGCGGAAUGUCAUGAACAAAACAACAAGUCUCGCCUGGCGAGUCCAUAAUAUCGAACUCUAUUCGGGCCACUCCGACGGUACCAUUCGAUGCUGGAAGCCGAAAACAUGGGAAGAUUCGCUAGACGAAGAAGACGAGGAUGGCGUGGAAGAAGGAGGCGAAGAAGCCAUGGAGAGAAAACGCAAGAGAGAUGAACUCGACGAUAUAGUCAAUGGCCUCACCAAGCGUCAAGUAACGUACACUUAA